GGAACGUGGGAUGUUGGUGACGUCGCUGAUGAUGUCAUCACAGCUAUAUAUACAUAUAUACCAGGCUCCUCCCUCACAGCAGCAGAGAGACAGAGGGAGAUUUGAAGAGAGAGGAUAUGUUUGACCUGGAUAAAAUUGACUUUUCUGCUCUAAUGGCGAAACCAAAAGGGACAAAGGUGUUUGUGCCUGAUAAAUGUAAGGUGCAGUUCUUCCGGGGCAAACUGGGACAGAGUCUUUCUUCUGAUAGACAAGAUUGUGACUUCGGAGACCCUAAAAUGUCCAAGAAACUCGGGGAUUACAACUGCCUGCACGAUAAAUACUUAAAGAAGUUCUUCAGACAUCCAGAGAAAAAGAAGAGGCUCAUAAAACUUGGCCUAAUUUCUCGGCAUGGAAAAGUCCAGUGCUCCGUAAAGGAAUUUAAUGACUACGUUGAGCACCUGAAGAGCACCCCACUGAAACAGGAUACAUCAGAAUUCAAGCAGCCCAGCUUACAAAUGACCUGCCAGAGCAAGGACUCCAGCCGCCCGGAGAAGAAGGAGAGGCGCAUGAAACAAAAACUAACUAAUCAGGAUAAGGAUGAACGCACAUUACUUACACAUUCUUACACAUUAGAGCGUGAUUAUGAUCAGUUUUUUGAUUUCAAGACUGAGAAAGAGCCUGAGGAGCUGCAGCUGAUAGACCUCGAGGAGGAGGAGCAGGAGGAGGAGGGGGAGAGCUUCCAAACUGGGGUGGCUGAUGUUUUAGUGGAGGACAUAGACCAAACUCCUAGAGAGGAAACGGUGGAGAUGACAACAUCAAAGCCAAUCCUCCCACUCGAAACUGAGAAGAAGCUGAAGAAAAAGAAAUCUUCCAGUUUGACUUGGAUAAAUGUCCAAGAUUCAUCCACCAUCCAGGAGAAAAUGGAGGAAACUUGUAAAGAAGAUGACAGCCGAGGCUCGAUCUGGUCCAUCUUUAAGAGAGUCUGGAAGGCAGUAAAGCGCCCCAAAUCAGCUCCUUCUGUCAUCUAAAUUCCCCCAUUUUUUCCCGCCCUACCCCUCAAUACCCCCCCUUUCACUUUCACUUCUUUUUUAUAUUAAUCAUAUGAUUUGGUCAACACAAUCCAUAUUAAUCUAUUGUAUUGUAUCAAAUUAUACGCCAUAUUGUCAAAUUCGCAACCGUCUGAAGUCUGGACUUUAGCUCCAUAGUCGUUAUGUCAAUCCAGACCCAGUGUAGGCUUAUUUAAAAUCAAAACCAGAAACUUAAUUGCUCAGGCCUUGUGAGCUAUACUCAUAUAGCUCACAAGGCCUGUGCAAUUUAGUUUCUGGUUUCUAGUUUAGUUACGUUUCUGCAGUAUAAAGGUAGAUAAUUUAUUUAUUGUAUAGGUAUUGUAGAUUAUUUGCAGGCAUCAGGGAGCAAAUAUAUAUAAAACUGUUUAUGUGGUCUUAAAGUCACGUCAUAUCAUGCAUUAGUCAUAUGUGGUUUAGACCAGAGGAGGAUGGGUCCCCCUUGUGAAGCCUGGUCCCUCCUGAGGUUUCUUCCUACACGGGAGUUUUUCCUCACCACUGUCGCCUCGUGCUUGCUCACUUGGGGUUACAUGUUUAGUAAAAAUCACUAGACUAAUAAACGCGUGAUGUGACGUGACCUUAAAGAAACCACAUAACAACGAACGCAGCCUUGACCAAAUCAUAUCAUUAACACUCACCACCAAAAUAAUAAAAAUGUUUAAGAAUAUUAA